AUGACGAAAAUGUCGCCGUUUCACAUAGGAUCCACAAAGCUCAAGCUAAAGGCAUACGACUACACCAAGUCCAAGCGCAUCCACAGCGAUUAUACAUUGAUAAUAGUCCCAAUUAUAUAGAACGAUUGCAGCCACCGCCCCCAUCGAAGCCGCCGCCUACGUUAGAGCCAGCGUUAUUUUUUCAGAAUCUUCGCACCGGUGGCCCUGCAGUUGCUGACUCAUCGGGAGACCCAAAAUUUCCGCACGCAAAUGCAUUGCAGCGAUCUGCCACAUUGCCAGCGAAACACAAUCGUUUAGGUGUACGAAGUCGCGUCACCUUCAAGAUACCACAGACCCCUGCAGUCCCACUUGCAACACCUCACUUGGACAGCAGCAACAACGCCGCAUUGCCGAAGGAAACAAGCAAAAUGACGUCUGAGGAUCUUUUACAGCCAGGACAUGUGGUUAAGGAGCGUUGGAAGGUUGUACGUAAAAUUGGUGGCGGCGGUUUCGGUGAGAUUUAUGAGGGCCAAGAUUUGAUUACCCGUGAGCAAGUGGCGCUUAAGGUGGAGUCCGCCCGACAACCCAAACAGGUACUCAAAAUGGAGGUGGCUGUGCUGAAGAAGCUGCAAGGCAAGGAACACGUCUGUCGCUUCAUCGGGUGUGGACGAAAUGACCGAUUCAACUAUGUGGUCAUGCAGCUUCAGGGUAAAAACUUAGCUGAACUGAGACGAGCCCAGCCAAGGGGCGCAUUUUCUCUUAGUACAACCCUCAGGCUUGGCUUGCAAAUCCUCAAAGCCAUUGAGUCCAUACAUUCGGUUGGCUUCCUACAUCGCGACAUCAAACCGAGCAACUUUUCCGUGGGACGUUUACCCUACAAUUGUCGACGAGUAUAUAUGCUCGACUUUGGUCUAGCUCGGCAAUAUACGACGGGCACCGGAGAAGUUCGCUGUCCCCGAGCAGCAGCUGGAUUUCGAGGAACUGUGCGAUAUGCCUCCAUAAACGCGCAUCGCAACCGAGAAAUGGGCCGGCAUGAUGAUCUAUGGUCAUUAUUCUAUAUGCUCGUCGAAUUUGUUAAUGGUCAAUUGCCAUGGAGGAAGAUCAAAGACAAGGAACAAGUCGGAUUGACCAAAGAGAAAUAUGACCAUAGAAUAUUAUUAAAGCAUCUGCCGUCCGACCUGAAGCAAUUCCUGGAGCACAUACAAUCCCUUACGUACGCCGAUCGGCCGGACUAUGCGAUGUUGAUUGGUCUAUUCGAGCGGUGUAUGAAGCGACGUGGCGUUAAGGAAGCUGAUCCGUACGACUGGGAGAAAGUGGAUACAGCCGCAGUUGGUAACAUAAACGCUUCGACAAAUGCCACUUUGACUCCGGCUAAGAACGAGUAUAUGCACGGAAAUGUAACACAAAUGACGGUGGCUGCUUCUAAUGCCAGCGGCGCAGAUUAUGUGCGCAAGAGAAACGAUAUAGACACUGCGCAAAUGGCCUCAACGGAGCCCCUGCAUAUAAAGGAAAAGGUUGACAAGAAUUGCAAUGCCACAAUGACACCUCAAGCCUCGGCGGAUUGCGUUGUGCAAAACGUUAAUUUAGGAAAUCCAAACACACUACUAAAGCAUCCUCAGCAGCAGCUGCAGCAACAACAGCAGCAGCAACAACAACAGCAGCAACAGCAACAACAACUUGUGCUGGUGUCGAACACAUCGAUAGCUCCACCUAAUCUUCCUAGUGCACUGAUCAAAUCCUCUACUGUGAGUAUUGUGAAUAAUGAGGUGCAGUUGAAGUCUUCGCACGGGAAACGUUGUCAGCCUCAGAGCGUCUCCGGUUCAUAUGCCACGACCAACCAAAACAAUUCUGCACCAGUUUAUUAUCCGGAGAGUAAAACUAUGGCAGCUCAAGCGCUGUCGAAUAUUGUGAAAACAAUUGACGGCAAAGUUAACAUGGAUGCCGCUGAUAAAAGUAGCCGUUUCAUCAGUGCGGAGGGCGGCAAUUGCAGAUCUCUAGGGGGAGAGCAUAACCAGCAGCCGCAGCAGCAGCCGAAGCAAUCGAGCAAGAUCACAAAAGUGGAAAGUCUUGAAAGUUCGAGUAACAAUCAACUAGCAGCUGACAAGAGCUGCGAGAGUAAACGGUGCUGGCACUCGAACAGCGCUAAUGUAGUCGAACAGAAAUCAACUUACGGUCGCCUUCGGGUGCUGGCUGCUCCGACGGCAGCGCUGAAUGAUCAGGAGAACCUGAAUCAGAAUCAAGAAUCGAAUGCCAGUUUAAAUCAUAACAAGAGUCUCAUAUGCCAGCGCGAGCAAAUCUUUGGCAUAUCGCCGACAAACCGUCGCUCGGCCACCUCGACCAAUCUACGUCUAUCAUCGUCUAUAGGUUUGCCCUCGUCCAACCAGCGUGCAGCGGCCAUUGGCAUUAUCUCAGCGAAAAGUAAUGCAUUAGCAGCGGCAAUAGGAUCGGGAACGGGAAUAGGAACUGGAACAACAACAGCGGCUGGCGAUCAUUCGGUAACACAAUUUGCUUUAAUCGACGAUGAGAAUGUCUCGGCACUACAACAGGUAACCAAAGGUGGCGGAGCUCUAACUCUUGCCUCCCAAUGGAAGAGCCAAUUCGACGACUCAGAAGAUACAACCGACAACGAAUGGAAACAGGAGCCGCCGUCACAACCAAAUUUGGAUCAAUUUGCUAAAGCGGACGUAUCUUUGCCGUUAAUACGCAGAAACACGAACUUAGUCGUAACCUGUAACGGCGAUCCAAAAGCAAACCCAUCUGACAAUGAAAACGUUAAGAGAUACACACUUAACAUAGCUGGAAUUGAGAACUAUGAGACUUUGCAAAUGUCGAUACCGCACUGCUGGUCAGAGCCUGCAAUGGGUAAUGUAUUACGAAAAGAUCUAGAGCCACCUGCUGUGCAACAAGCGGCCUUCGAUGACACUGUUUAUCGCAUGGAUAUAACUAGAAAUGUUUGCGUACGUGAAUCUCAAUCGGAAAUUGCACCGAAGGCAAACAACUUUCCUACGAUUAUUGCAACGUACAAGGAGGCUGCCAAUUUGAUUGAUAUGCAAUCAAGAAACUCGAACGAGAGUCAAUCACUGUGCAAGCACCGCAAUAGCCUGCCCAAUGUAUGCCUCAUAGACAUGUUUGAUGAGAAACCGAACUCGAAUAUAAAUGCGCCUGUUGAGCUACAGGAAUCCGCAGUCGCACCUGUCGCUGCAGUGCCUUGGUGUGUCAAGACAACGUUUUGCCAGAGAAGCAACCUGGCUUCAGACCCAAUAUCAUCCGACAUGCACGGCUAUCAGCAUGAAAAUCGAGCUGCAAACUUCGUGGGUGCUACGACCCACAGCAACGGAGGCUGUGUUAGUGGGCGUCUUGAAAUUCGCGUCAUUCCAAAAGAUAUGAAUGAAACAAAAAACUCGCACUUGGAGGAGUCUGUCUACUACGAUGCCUUAGCUAGCACUAUGAAAAAUUUCAAAUCUUUGAAGCAGGAGGCAUCUGGUGAUCUGCGCGAUAAGCUUUUGGAUGAUAAGAUUUCAGUUAACUGUGAUCGAAUCGAAGUUGCUCAGGAGUCGAAUGCUGAUAGCAACAAAGUCAAAUUGAAUGGCAAUGGGUCACCAACGGAGAGCGUGAUGGGUCCAUCGACAGCUACAGCUUAUCAGAUUCAAACGGAUCCACAAUCCAAAUCACAAAUUGAAAAUCCUAGCUCACACAUGGCUGAUGAUGAGUGUGAUGGUUGUGAAUUGGCUUUGUCGAGUACGCCCAGCAAGAUUCCUGUGCUCACUUCCAAUUUGCGACAAGCGAAGUGUGCCUCUUGGGCUGGUGUUGCAACAACAACAGGAACAACAACAACGACAGCAACAACAACGGCAGCAACGACAACACCAUUUAAGAUCAAUUUCAUGGGUAGCGAUAAAUUUAGCCUUGCUGGUGGCGCAGAUCUAAUACCCCUGUCGCGGAUUGACAGUGGCUUGGCAUAUUCGUCCUUGACAGUGCCAUCAACAAGCCUAGCACUUGGCGCCACUUCUGGUGCACCAACAACCACAUCAACUGAUGCAAUAGCACCAACAACAGCAGCAGCAGCCGAACCACAUUUCCUUGGGGCUCUAGGCUAUGACGAUUUAACGAUUACCCCAACCAAUAGUAUGACAAUCAGUGAACUUAAAAUUCGAAAGUUACAUAAAAAAUUUAAAAAGCCGAAAGAGGGAAAGAUAAAAAAAAAGAAAGACAAAAAAGACAAAAUCCGCAAUAAAUGUAGGGCAGAUGAUAUGGAUGUCUUAUCUAGUGAAAAGAUAAGAAGCGAAGAGAAAAAAUUAAGAAAGGAUAAGAAACGAAAAAAACAAUUGCCAACGGAUAGAUUACAAAUAAUGAAAGAGAACCACGAAGCAGGAGGAGGAAAAGGAAGCAGUGAUAUGAAGCAAUCAAAAAAUAUUACUGUAGGUGCCGUGGGUCUUACAGUAGUUGGAGGAGACGUCGACGCUUUAGCUCCAUCGACAGUUGGUCACUCAAUACCGAUGACCCCAAAUUUGAUAGCGUCACCUAAGUUAGACCUCUCACCUAACCACGUACCAAAGCUAACACUAAAGCUUAGUGGAAGAUCAACACCCUCACAGCCUACAGUCGAUGGAGUGGAUCAUGAACAUAAUGCGCUAGUAACUAAUACGACGGGACACCCUCCUCAGACGGCAAGCACAUUGACUAAAAGAGACAAUUCGCCAGAGUUGGCUAGAUUCUCGCCACUUGUAACCCGAGCUCCGAAACCAAAGCAAUGCGAAACGCAAAAUUUGAAUUUAUCUAUGGCCCCAUCUGCUUCUGUUUCUACGGUUAGUACCAAAACACAGGCUAUUCCACCCAUGAUGUCGCCGGCGUUGACAAUACCACUGAUAAGUACCCAGCCGCCAGCUCUAUCUGCUCUAACUGGAGCCACAGCAAACAAUUGGACUUCAAAUGUGGCCACAUCAACAAUAUCAGCUAGUUCGGUUCUAUUACCCCAACAAUUAAUGCAGCCAACCUCAUCGUCAUCAUCGUCGUCAUUGUCAUUGUCACCUUUAAAGCAGAGCUCAAGACCUAGUGCAGCAUUGAAUGCAACGAAAGUGUCUGACGGCACGCCCACUCCAACAACGCCACAGAGUGCAGAACUAAGUCGUCCUUCGUCUUAUGUUGAUGCUGAUGGCUAUCGUAUCUGGAUUUGUCCGGCAUGUGGAAAAGUUGAUGAUGGCUCCGCCAUGAUCGGUUGCGACGGAUGCGAUGCAUGGUAUCAUUGGAUAUGCGUGGGCAUACUUGUGGCUCCAAACGAUAAUGAAGAUUGGUUUUGUCGCGUUUGCGUAUCUAAGAAAAAAGUGAGUGGCUCCGAAAAAAAGAAGAAGCGAAACAAAAAAAAAUUAACUUCUUAAAUAGCAUCA